GGGAGUUGGUUGUGUCGGGUUUCUUCGGAGGGGAACGCUAUUAAAAUAUCCACAAACAUUAUCUUUAAUUGGACAGAAUUUUGUGCUUGUGUGCGUCGGUGUCCGCUGUUUUUUUUCCCCAACCAGUGACGAUUCCGUUUUUUCGAAACUUGAUGACUGUUAUCACUCGUGUUUAGUGUGCGGUGAUCGUCUGUGAUUUCAGUUUUGUGGUUCGACAUGACUAUAGAUUAAACUUUAAUCGCGCAGUCAAAUCAUCGUUCGGCUAAGUGGUGACGAAAAUGACUUCAGUGACGUGACUAAACAGUUUGCAGUGGUGAAAUUCGAAAAUCGCGACGAAAACGAAAACGGGAAAAAUCGGAAAAUGACACCACGUGCUCUGUAAUUGCGGAAUCGUAAUGCAUGGAUCGCUAAUUGAUCGACAAUUAUCUUUCUGUCCCGCUCUUUCUAAUUGCUGGCAAUAAUAAUUUUGAUCUACCUCACUAUCCAGUGUAUUCAACUUAAUUUUUCAAUCAAAACUUUUAAAUUUUUAAACAAGUUUAUUUUAAAAACCUACAGCGUUCCUCAAGUCCAAAUCCGAAUUUAAACCAAACUAAGUUUUUUAAAUUGUGCAUCUGUGUGAAAAGUAAAGACAAGUGCACAAGUGUGACAAUUAUAAAAGUGACAAGAACGAGAGUUUGUGACAAUUUUGUGUGAAAAUAAAAAUAUUUGUGAAAAAGUGAUGCUGUGUCUGUCUGUUUGAUUGCCCCAGGAACCCGCCGACGCCGCGGCGCCAUAACACCGGAGCGUGCAGCCGCCAUCAAAAUUACCCGAAUCCAGUCGCCGGGAAGCAAACCCUCCACCCUGAGCUUCACAGAUCCUUUCGGGCCUCCCCAGUCCUCGGACGGGGGGGGCCCGUCCACUCCUCAACCCGCCAUGACUACCCAAGAGGCCCUCGACCACCAACACCACCAUUUGGGGGGCUCGCAAACCCCCCACGAUAUAUCCAACUCGGCAAACUCCACCCCAACGAAUGUAUCCUCAAAGUCUGCGUUUAUUGAACUCCAGCAGCAUGGGUACGGGCCUUUUAAGGGGGGAUAUCAGCACCCCCAUCAUUUUGGGAGUCCCGGGGGUCAACAGAACCCUCAUGAGGCGUCAGGGUUUCCCAGUCCCAGGUCAUUGGGGUAUCCUUUUCCUCCUAUGCAUCAGAACACCUAUGGGUACCACCUAGGGUCGUACGCUCCUCAAUGCGCCAGUCCGCCCAAAGAUGAAAAAUGCGGCCUAUCCGACGACCCGGGCCUGCGAGUGAACGGUAAAGGCAAGAAGAUGCGGAAGCCGCGUACGAUCUACUCCAGUCUUCAGCUGCAGCAGCUCAACCGGCGGUUCCAGCGCACGCAGUACCUGGCGCUGCCAGAGCGUGCCGAGCUGGCCGCCAGCCUUGGACUCACGCAGACACAGGUCAAGAUCUGGUUCCAGAACCGGCGCAGCAAGUACAAGAAGAUGAUGAAGGCGGCCCAGGUGGGUGCUCCGCCCCCGAGCCUCGGCCUCGCUCCCGGGAGCCCCCCCAACAACAACCAGCUGCUGCACGGUGAGUCAGGUGGCGGCGGCAGCUCGAGCGGGUCCCAGCACUCUCCCUCAGCGUAUCAGGGCGGGGGGGCUGCGCAGGCGCACUCCCCCACGCCCAGCUCCACCCCGGUGUCUGAGUUGUCCCCCGGACUCUCCCCCACGGCUACCCCCUGGGAUGUGAAACAACCCCCGCAGCCGUCCUGGGAUGUAAAGGUCGGAUAUCCGACGGCAGGCCGGUCGCCCGACGGGUCCUCGUGCGACGUGAAGCCUCCUCACCAGCAGUCAUGGGACCCGAGGGUCGGUUAUGGCGCGCCUCCCGGCCCGUGGGACAUGAAGGGCGCGCACGCCGCGCACGCGCUGCACCACCAGGGGGCGCCGCAGCCGCACCCGCCCUACGUGCCGCAGUACUCCUGGUACCAAGCUGACGCCAACCCUGGCUUGCUCACAGACAACGGGUUAUCGUUGUUCCACAGAAUGGGGCUAAGAAACCCGUAUCCGGGCCCAACAGAAUACAAUGGACCCGAUAGCUGAAGACUGGAUUACUAUUAGUCCUAGUUAAAAUCUAUUUUGGUCUACUGUCUCGUCUAUCUGAGGCUAUUUUCGUUACUGGCUGUUGAUCGGAAUCGACUUUUGAUAUUGAUUUCACAAACCUUCAAAGUAUAAUUGUUUAAUUUUUGGUACUUCUACCUAUGGCAUGCUGAUUGUCAAAUAUAUUUUUUAAACUUCCUAAUUAUUAAAUUUUGAUGUUUUUUAAAUUAAGAAUUCAUUUCUAUUUUCAGCUAGUAACAAAAUUACCUCAUUUUCUAGGAAUGAUAGCAUCUGUCGAAUGUAUCGUCAUUUUCUAAAUUUGAAAACUAGCGUUUGACAGUUUAGACCGCCAUUUUGAUUACGCCAUCUUGUUUUCAUACGUUAAAAUGUUUCAGAAUUAAGUGGUGUGUGAUAAUUUGAUAAAGGCCAAAUUUUCUUGACUUAAUUUAUUGUUAUCAAGUUUUUAAUCAAAAAAUAUUUCUUUGUCAACAGGGUUUGGCCUGCUGUCUAACUACCGUCGGAUUUUAUCACUGAGAUCAUAAAUAAAAAAAUGUAAGUGUAAAAUUACGUUCAAAAUGGCGGAAGCAAAAUGGCGUCCCUCUUUUAAAUGUGAAAUACGUUACUUGUAUCGGCACAACCAACUUUAAUUGUAAGAAAAAAUAUUUAAUAGAAAUAAAAAUCAUUGUACAUUUUUAUAAUUAAUAUAAAUAGGGAAUAAUUGUUUAAAAAUAACUGUACAUGUUACGCGUUAAAUGUUAAAAAAUACGGGGUAUGGACUAGAGUAUUGAAAAAAUAUCUAUUUACUUAUAGAUUUUUGUACAUUUUGUUUUUCUUUUUUUUAAUUUUCAGUUUAAUGUCACCUCGAUUUAUAUUUAAGUAGACUAUCCUAAUUACAAAUAUAAAAAACUUUUUUAAUUUAUUGGUCCAUGCCUCGUACUAUUGUAUGGUUCCUAGCCAAUAAAAAUAAUAACCUGAUAUUCGACCAAUCAGAAAGCGUUUUGAACACAGGGUUUAUCAAUCAAAAAUAGAAUCACAUCGUAUUCCGCGUUUCUGAUUGGUUGUUUCAAAUAUCACGCGAUAAUGUUCUUAUACAAUUGGCUAAUAAACACUUGGGUGUAAUUCUUUUAAUUCAAUGUUGAUUGUUUAUCUUUUUACUGUCAAUAUUUAUUUGUCUUUCCCGUAAUUGAUUUACAAAUUGUUUUUAACAAACUAUGGUCAGUUACUAGUAAUUUAAUACCUACAAAAAAGUAAAUUUAGCAAAUCAAAGUUUUCAGUCUUAUUUAAAUGCUGCCUACUGUACUUUUGACAGAUGCUACCGAGCAUAUUGUGGAUGAAUCUACUUUUUGGAAAAAACAGCUUUAAACUGAAAUCUUUUAUUUAUUUAUUAAAUUAAAUUUUAAAGAAAUAAAAAAUGAAAACGGGAACACAAACCAGUCUGUUGUGAUAAAUCAUUUUAAGUUAUUUUGUUUUUUGUAGAAAAAAUAAAUUUUCAGCCCCUAAAAUGGGGGUUUUAUUAGAUUUCGUGCAAAAUUGUGUUCUAAAUGCAAAACUGCUUUAUUUAAGCUAUGAAUAUUUUUAUUUCUAAUUUCUUCUGCAAUCUGUACACACUAUAGUCUUUUCAAAAUGUAUUUUUCAUAAAGGUCUGCGCUCACUGUACGGAAUUUAUACAAAAUUCAAUAAAAAAUACUGAAAACUAAAACUUUUAAAUAAAAACUUUACAUAGUUUCACGCUUUUAAGAAUUAGGACAUAUAUUUAUUUUAAUAAAUUCCGUACAGUUUAGAUAAGACCUAAUUUUUUCGAACAGACUAUAUACCUAUAUAAUAUUAUAUUUUUAUUUCUAAAGGGUCUUUACGGGAUGAAUUAAAAAUGUAAAUAUUUUUUUGUAAUAUAUAGAGAAAUAAAUAUACAUAUAAAUAUAGGUAGAUAGAAUAAUUAACUUUAUAACUACAAUGUAUUAUAUAAGGAAAGGAAAUAAGAAAAAAUGAAUUAAUUUCUUUUGUCAAAUAAAAAGAGAAAAACAUGCAA